UACCCCGGAUUCCGGGCGGGUGCAAAUUUUGACGGAUUCUAAAGGCUCCGUUGCAGUUCCCGCUACGUAAUUCCAUCCUCGCGCUGACACCACAAUAUUCCCUCGCCCUCUGGUCCUCCCUUUUUGCGGCCGCCGCGUGCCUGGUCUGGAAGCACCGGAAGCAGCUGCUGAACAUCAGUUGGGACCACCUGAUCCUGAUCUGCCAACACCGUGCGCUGCCGUGCGCUGCCCCUGUCUGCCAGUGGUGGCCUGCCAUUCGAAUGGAAUGCGGCCACUUUGGAGUCCGCUCAGGAUACAGCCGAUGCUAACCACGCCGAAGUAUGGCACCUCCUGAUAUCUGAAUGCUAACACCGUAGUACUACUGCCAUUAACUGCAACUGUACAGAGACUAGCCUCUCCCGCCCUUCAAUGGAAACACCUGCCAUAAUAUCCAUGGAUCCUAUCCUAGUCCCGCCGCCGUCGAUUCGCCGCCUUGACCACUGGCAGGCAAAAAAAUUGAGCGGAAAAUCUGGGGAGUAUGAAUCAUGGGUUGCCGUUAACUGCUUAGUGGACAAGCCUUGCCGGUGGUACGCGUUAUGUGAUGGCAAUGUUGCCAUCUGCGCCAGAAUCGCAAACAAUGACACAGCUUUCCGCUCAAUCGACCCUUCACGCUGUUUCCAUUACCCCCAUCUUUCCUCGACAGGACACAUACCCUGCCAAGUCUCGUUUACUGUCAGUAUAGCCUGUGGAGAGUUGUCUGACUUGACGCCGAACUUGACACACACCGAACUACCACUCUCCGAGUCCUCCUUGUGACUUGCGCAGAACUAGUUGUAGCAGACACAUAAGCCCUGCAUGGUACCAACCAUGGCUCCCAUGUCUCCAGCACACCGCGGCCGACAGAAGAACCCUCUACUUGAAGAGGCCGAUCGACCCGACCUUGAAACACCGCUUAUGGUCUCCAAGAAGGAAGCAGCCUGUUCUCCCAACCCUGAUCAUCGUCAACUCCUCCUCCCUCCUGACACCAUGAGCCAAACCAGAAAGUUUUCCUACGCCUCCGUGAAGGAAGAGCCUGGCGAAGGUCUUCCCCAAUCGUUCGAAUCCUCCCUUUCCAGCAAAGACCUAGAAGAAGUCGAGUGGAUCGCAUGGCCUUGUAGUCAAUGGUGCAAGACGAAGGGAAUAUGUUCGUACCAUUGGGGGGGCACACAUGAGGAUCAUGUCCGGAACCGUCUUGAGGGAUAUGCUCGAAGCCAUCCUCGGAAACUCGAAAAGAUACUCGACGAACUGGACAAGAGGAGGGCGGCGCAGAAAUUGUUCAACCUUCCUUUCGCCGAGGAAAUCACACGAGUCCAUCCACGCCCAGCCAGUUUCAGCCUUCAAAUUUGGAGAGAAAAGGUGAGGGACUCAUUGGGGGCGAGGGAGCUGGUCAACGAUACAGCCAUCGACGACUCUGACGACUCCCUUUCGGACAUCUCGUCCUAUCCGCAACAACCCGGAACGUCGCCUUUGGAAUCCAUGCCUGAAGAGAUUCUCGAAUUGAUCUUCUCCUAUGUCACUGUGGAUCAUACCGCAGAUCCCUAUGCCAGACCACACGUCGACCUCGUUUCCUGCUCGCUGGCCUCCAAGGCUCUAUACCCUGCUGCGUUGCGGGUGAUGUACCGCCAUGUUUCCAUUCCGCAGUCCCGCGCCUUUUCCAAAUUCAUGCGCAGCCUCCGGGAGAACGACAAGUUGGGUGAGAUGGUGCAGUGGUUGGACUUCUCCCACUACUCCAACAUGGGGUUCGGGAGAGACCGCACCACGACCAACCAGACUCCUUAUCUCAAACCGGAGACCCUCCUUGCAUGUCUGGAGAUGUUGCCUAACCUACAGGCAUUCCUUGUCCACGAGCAUGUUGACGACGAACUGGACGUCAAAGUUCUCUCCAAGCUGUUCAGCAUGCCCUUGAUCCAGGCGCUCGACUUCUGCGCCUGCUCUUCUCGGCCAUUUGCCGAAGCAUUCACCGCUGUCACGACACAAUUACGCGGGUCGGGCCCCUUGACCAGUCUGCAACGGCUGUCUCUACAUGAGUGCACGACUCUUCAAGAGGAAGUUUUCGAAGCCCUCCUCCCACGGAUGUCGAACCUGACCCAUCUCGACGUCGCUCACACCUUCAUCAACGAUCGGGCAUUACUCUCAAUCCCCCCAACCGCCAAGAUCACCCACCUCAACCUUGAGCGGUGCACACACCUAACGGGCUCGGCGGUGGUCAAAUUCCUCACCACCCACCCUGCCGUCAAGGAGAGCAUCGUCUAUCUCAAUCUCGCCUCAGACUCGUCACGUCACCGGCUCCUGGCCGAAGAGGAUGUGACGAGGCUUCUGGCUUCACUACCUCGGACACUACGCUCGCUGAAUCUGGGUGGCGCCAGGGUCACCUCUACCCAUAUCCCAGCUUUGAGACGACUAGCAAGCCACGUGGAAGAAUUGGGUCUGCGCAACGCCCAACUCAGCCUGGGCGCCGACAUCAAACGACUGUUCAAAGCCGACACCGGCAACCCCACAAACAAUACUGGCACUAGUGCCAGUGCGAUCCGCUAUCUCGACCUAAGCAACAUUCCAUCCGUCACACAAAUGUCCCUCAGUUAUUCGCCCAGCUCGCUCACCGGUACCGACACUUUACCGUUAGAAGUCAUCGAGCUUGCCCCUGACGUCCUGCAAGAAAUCAAGCGUCGCAACGCCCAUGUCAAGCGGCCCGACUGGGUCGUGAAAGAACUUGGUCGUCGAGGCUGGUUCGUCAGACAACCACCGCACUUGUCAUCGUCUGAGACCAGCAGCAGCGGCGAAGAUGCGGCAGUUGUUGUCGAUGAUGGUUGGCGGCCCUGGAAAAUGGGCGCCAGGUGGUGGGGCAUGCGCAAAUUGCCCGUUGUCGACCAGGAUGUCGGUGGCAUGUAUGGAUAUUUUAUGUUCAAGCGGUCGUAAUAAAAAAGAAGGACUAAGAGCGAUUGCGAGUCUGUUUUGUGUUUUGGGAUGAGUCGGUUGAAUUGGAAAUGAAACGAACGAGCUACGAUUGAUUUGGUUGUCUGAUUGAUUUGGCGACACGACUUGUUAUUGUUACGGCACGAUUUUGGCAUUGAUUGGAUCGGUUGUAUACCACUGCAGUGAACCUAGGAUGGGUUUGGCACUGGCAGUUCUAUCGUUUCGGCGAUUCUAUAUUUUAUGAGGUCUUUUUGACGACCGGUAGCAUGGCGCUUGGGGGAGUAUCUAUCCCAACCAAAAAAAAGUUUUUUGCAGUUUCUUCUCUUAAUCUUAUAAUCUGAGCGGUUCCUUGCUCCUUGAGGCGCUUUUGAGUCCGGUACCCAGUCUUAAGAAGUGGGAAUGAAAAUGUUGCAAAAUGCCUUCAAGUCUAUGUAUGUAGAUAGGUAAUUAUAUUAUUAGUGGACCGACCCUUCAUGUCCUAGUUCAACUGGCUCUUAAAGCACAGGACAGUUACAUAAGGUAGGUUCCAAUACCAGUGGGUGUGAGUAAGUACAUCUAAACACCAAGGAAUGAAGAAC